AUGAAAUAUCUCCCUCCAGGAUCAGCUGCGGAUCGUGAAAGUAAGCGGAUCGUGCUCAGUGAGAUCACCGACUGUGAAGACUCUCGCCCCGGUGCCGUGGUCUCUUUGUUGACCCCUCUGGACCCACUUCGGCAGGCUAAGCGGCUUCCUAUCCGACUCAUCAAGAUGUUGACCGCGCACACUGGACACUUGCUGCACCCGGAAUAUUUACAGCCUUUGACGUCCGCGCCAGUCAGCAUCGAGCUGGAUGCCAAGAAGAGUCCUUUAGCCCUGCUGGCGCAGACCUGCUCUCAGAUUGGUAAACCAGACCCUCCAUCUUCAUCCAAGCUGGGCUCCUCCUGCAGCCAGGGGGACAAGGAGCCCAGCAGCCGGCUGUCCGUCUCCAACCUGAAGCUCGGGGAGCACCGCCCCUCCCUGGAGGACAAGUCAAGCUUCAAGCCCUACAACAAAGGCAGCGGGGACUGUCGCAGAGACGGAGUCACCAGCAGCAGCGAUAAAGUUGGUUUCAGAGUACCCAGCAAUAACGUCUCCACUAACGGAAAUUCAACCGGUGGCCAGCAGUCCUAUCCGCCCCACGCUGCUUCACCCAGCUCUCGAGCAGGAAGCGGCUCCCCACCAGGACACACUCAGCAGCAGCAGCAGCAGCCUCACAAACAGAGCCAGUCCCCCGGGGGACCGCCCACGUCCCACCCCCACACUCCCAACGGAGAGACUGCACCUGAGCGGGGCAGUCCCACCAGCACGAGCAGCAGCAAUAAUAAUAGCAAUCAUCCCAAAAAGGAGGCGGAUGUAAACAAGGUUAACUUGGACAGUCCACACCACGCAAACUCCAGCCACGUCCGAGCCAGCACAAACUGCAGUAACGGCAGCUCUGACGGUGGAUCCAACCACGAGGGGGGUAAAGCUGAGUCUGCCCAGCCCAACCUCGGCCCCGGACAUAUUACACCCAUUUCUCCUUACAAGACAAGCCAGCCGCUCUUCCCACUGCCCUCGUCUAAUAUGGGCUACCACGGAUCUGUAGUGGGGGCCUACGCAGGAUACCCGUCUCAGUUUGUUCCCGGGCUGGACCCGACAAAGUCCGGCCUCAGCGUGGGAAGUAUGGCGGUCCCCGGGAAGCACCCGAGCUCCAGCCCUCUCACAGGCGCCUCCCCUCCUUCCUUCAUGCAGGGUUUAUGCAGGGACCCCUACUGUCUAAGCUACCCAAGCGUGUCCCACCUCGGAGGAAGCAACUGCAACUCCUGCAUCCACGACCCUUCCUCCACCCUCAAAUCAAGCUUCCCGCUGGUGUACCCCUCCCACCCGCUCCACUCCCUCCACCAAAGCUCCCUGUCAUCCAGCGCGUCCUCCUCCCUCUCCCAUCCCCUCUACACGUACGGCUUCAUGCUCCCGAACGACCCCCUGCCGCACGCCUGCAACUGGGUCUCAGCCGGGGGGCCGUGCGACAAACGUUUCGCCACCUCAGAUGAGCUGCUGGCCCACCUCCGCACGCACACAGCGCUGCCUGUGGGAAUGGACAGUAAGCUGCUCUCUGUUUCCUCCUCUGGACCUGCCUCCUGCCACCUUCACCUCCCCCACCAGAGCAGCCCGGGCUCCAUGUCCAGCUCCCUCUCUCUCAGGGCUCCCCCGAGUCUGGGUUUAGCUCGCUAUCACCCCUACAGUAAGGUCCACCUGCCCCCCGGCCCCUCCUCCAUCUCCCUGCACUCUCUGCCCACCACAGGCCCGUACUACCCUCAUUACGCUCUCUACAGUCAAAGACUUGGAUCUGCGUCUGCUCUGGGAUACCAGUGAUUCACCGGCCGCGUCAAUGUUUAAAGGAAUACUUUGACAAUUUGGGAGAAUGUAGCUCAGUG